AUGAUGGAGUCUAACAUUCAGCUUCAAGCCGAUCUUGAUCGUAUAUUUUCUCAAUCUCCUAAAUUGAACCUCUCUUCAGAUGAUACUAAACAACAUUUUUCUGAUUUACGGAAACGUUCUACAACUAUGACAUAUACAAUGUCAUGUGAUCCGGAUGUCGUCCGAAUUACUUCCUCGGACAAUUGUGUUAACUACUUUAAAUCUGCAUUAGAUUACAUCAUGGAAGAAUUGCCAUAUUUAUUAUCUAAACGCUUUGAAGUUCACUUUUUUCAUAACUUUAAGUCUCUGUGUGUGGCCUUAUGGAAUUUCACAGAUAAAAGUUGUGACCUUUGCAAUCGUUUUGUUUUAGCUGAUGCUCAUAGAUCGCUUUGGAAAUUGCUAUCCAGUUCAGAAAUAUCUUCUAGUUUCUCUCUUUAUAACGGUGCCAUAUUACUAGCCCUCUGCGCACUUGGAAUUCUCCACAAUAUUCUCCAAUACUGUCCUCGAGCUCGUGACGACUAUCGAGAUUGGGAAGGUAUAGAGAUCUUAGAGCCUUAUGUUGCUGAUGCUUCUGCAUCAAAGGAAUGUAGCAAACAUCUGAUCUCCCUCAAAACUGCUGCCCUGUUCACACUAGCUGCUAUCGUUAAUGAAAAUGAAAACGUUCCCGCUAUUACUGCCGACCAGGGUGUUCUUAAUUAUAUCCUGAAUACAUUAAAUGACUCUUUACAAUCUCCUCCUGAUUACUACUCUGCAACUUAUGGUUUUCAUGCGGCAGAAGUUUUCGUAUGUCUCGGUUGUUUAGCAAGACUAGAAUCUAAUAAAAAAAGCCUUGUUGAUAAAAAUGCGCUUGACUACAUUUCGACCGCUUUGCAGAUAUCACUUCGCGUUAAAAAUGGUUUUAGCAAUGCGGCUUCGAAGUCUGCUACCACAUCCAGACAUAGCUAUCGGUUUUCUGAGGAUACUCUGGCAAAAGAGGCCAUGGAUUUACUCUGGUUUUUAAGCUGCUUACCAGAAGCUCGUGAACGACUUAAAGAGACCUCAGAUCUCUACAAACUCUGUGUUCAAUUCAAUGACACACGGUUCACCGCGGAAUGUCGGAAAUCGGUACAAGCCCUAUUUUGCAUCCUCUCGCAACACUUGAGCCUUUUUGAUGAGUCGGGAAAAUUGAGUGCUUGUGCCAUAACCACCUCUCCUAAACCGCGUGGACACGUUAUGAUCAGCUAUAACAAUAAGUCUCAGCAUAUAGUCUCAAAGUUGAAACAGGCUCUUGUACUGAGAGGAUGGAAUGUAUGGAUUUAUAAAGAACAUUGUCAACACGGAUCCUUCCUGCAACAGAUGGCCCAAGCCGUGUUUGAUGCAGCAGCAAUGAUACUAUGUUUGAGCUCCGAGUACAACGCGUCCUGUCAUUGCGUAAAGGAAGUGAUAUCUGGCUACGAUAACCGCAUCCCUCAGGUUCCGGUUAUUUUGGAACCGGACUACACUGCAAUCAAUUAUAUCCGAUUCGUCAUAACUGGUGUUCAACGCGUUAAACUCUACAAUGACUCCCAAGUGGAAGAUGCUGCCGAUAAGCUAACGGAGCAACUCCGUCACUAUGGUGUGAUACGAGAGGGUACGAACCUCAAUCAGACUCGGCCUCCUCCUACAACUCUAUCUGUCAGAAACCCUCCACCCUCACUUUCCAUUAGUUCCUCCAAACGUCAUCAAAGAUCUCACUCGGAUUGUCUCGGCGGUACGUUCGUUAAAUGUCCACCACCUAGGUCGGAUCAGACCUCUAUAUCAACAGAGGCGUCAGCAUCCUUGACACCACUUGCUCAAAACCCUGCCAAGGACUUCCAUUGCUCAUCUCGUCAACUUAAAGGUAGCUCUUUAGCUCAUCCUCCACCAAAUCUGGAACGAUUAGUAAUCGGUUCUUCAGGAGUGAGCCCACGAUCGCAACGUUGCGACGGAGCUCCAGGAGGUGCCUACUUCUUCAAUUCCACAUCGCAAAUCGACACAGCUUCUUGUAGCUCUGCAGUGACUGGUGUAAUGGGUUCUGCAAUCAUUCAACUUCCCUCGGCCUUUGAGUCCUACCUUGUGGAACAGGUUCCUUCAAAAGCCGUGCGAUCGUGGCAAGAGGAGCAAGUUCGAGCGUGGUUGACUGAGUACUCGCUUGAACACUACGCUCAUGCCUUCGCCCAUAUCACUGGCAUUCAGCUAUAUGAGCUCGCAUGGCAACGAAUUCGUGGAUGUGAUUCCUUCUUCCGCAAUCUCGCCUUUACCCUUCAUAUGCCUCUGUAUGAGCAGCUACUUCUCUCGAGUGCUCUUGCAAAUCUGCACAACUACCCUGAUCCUUCUUCGUCUUGCACUUCAUCUCCUCCUUCCUAA